UUUAUUUAAGAAAAUCAUCAUUACUUAGGUAUUCACGCAUUACACUAAUGACGCACCAGAAAUAUACACGUCGCUUCCUAUUUUGUUUUCAUACAGUGGCUUAGUAAUAAUCGUUGCAAUUAGGCCAAAACAUCUUUUUUUACUUUUUAUUGAGUGCUCUAUUAAAACGUCCCCAAUCUGUAAAAACCCCAACAUCUAUUCUGGCGUUAUUAAUAAUUAUCUUUUCUAUUUAUACUCGCUUCCCAGUUGACGCAUGCGCACCAAGUCGCCUGUCAUAUGACCGCACAUGCGCAGUACUGCCGUAAUCUGAAGGAAUUUCGGAAAGUGUUUGGAUCAGCGCGAACAACAAACGCUUUCUUAAGACUUUUAACCGAUCGAUUCCAGUCGUAUCCGUCUCCUGUCCUGGGAUUAACCUCAGUAAGUAGCGAGUGAAUCGUUGCGCUCCAGCUUGCGUCCAGUAUUUCAAAUCAAGAGGAUGUUAAUGCGUUUCUACUUCCCCAAAGCGGAACUGAAUACGAGACCAACUCGCCAACUUCUGCCUUAAAUAAACAAACGCAUUUUCUCAGUAAGUUAGCGUUAAAGAACGCCGCGAAACAUCAUGAGUAAACAACCUCAGAGCGUAGAGCUUAAGGCCACUGGAGGGGCGGCAAACUUGGACACCAGCAAGAUGGCAGACAUGACGGUGGAGGACAUCACAUUGAGAGCCAACCAAGUUACAGAUGAGUCACUUGAAAGCACUAGGCGGAUGCUGCAGAUGGCGGAGGAGAGCCAGGAGACGGGAGUUAAAACCAUGACCAUGCUGGAUGAGCAGGGAGAGCAACUGAGGCUAGUCGAACAAGGAAUGGACCAGAUCAAUCAGGACAUGAGGCAGGCCGAGAAGAACCUGACCGAUCUGUCCAAAUGCUGUGGCCUGUGUGUGUGCCCGUGUGACAGAGUGACUUCUAUUGAGCAUGAUGGGAGAUAUAAGAAGACUUGGGGCACAAGUGUUGACCACUCCAGCGUGGAGGGAAAAGAGGGCGGUGUUGUGUCCAGCCAGCCCACUGCCGUUCGUAAUGGACAAGCUGUUUCCAGCGGCUCAGGGGGCGCAUCUGGCCAAUACAUCAAGAGAGUAACAAAUGAUGCACGAGAAGAUGAGAUGGAGGAGAAUCUGGAUCACGUGGGCAGCAUUAUCGGGAAUCUCAAGAAUUUGGCCUUGGAUAUGGGAAAUGAGAUUGACAAACAGAACAAAACCAUUGACCGCAUCACUGAUAAGGCUGAUAUGAAUAAAGCUCGCAUUGAUGAAGCCAACCAGCGAGCCAACAAACUUCUGUAGAGAAUGGACACUGCCAGAUUCACUCAGGAGCCUGAUUGUUUGAUCUUUCUCACACACACACACACACACACACACUUUCUGCUUCACAGCAAUGAAUUGCAGCAAGUGAGUAAAGUUCUUCCGAUGCCAUCUGUGCCUUUUUUUCGCCGCUCUGUUUGUUCUAUUGUAAAUAGUUGAACACAUGCACACACAGAUCUGUUCCAGAGCCUCCUGUACAAUCACGUCUUCACCCUUCACAUGUGAGACAAAUAUGCUGGACGCACCGAGUUUUUGUUGCAGUUGUUGUUGCGGCUUUGCUCACUGCCGUCCUCUCAGUCUGUAACGGAAGGAGUCUGGUCUUUGGAGAUGGUGAUGGGUUUUGUCCGUCCCUCUCCCUGCACUUCAGUCAACAUGGCUAAAUGUUUCACUAAUCUGAAUGAGGGGCCAAAGACUUCCGACAGAACUUUGAAUGUUCUGGUUUGCUGCCCUCAUAGCCUUUGAUGUAUGUUUGGGCUAAUGAUAUAAUGUUUGGUUUUUAUGUCAUUUGUUUUCUGUUUAGCUCUACCUGUGACUGAUUAUACUCAUAUUUAAUUAUCUUAAGACAUUAAUGGGCUUUGUGAAUACAGUUAGUGUUUUUCAAUGUUUGGGGGAAAGUCCUUUUUUUGGAAUCCUUUUUAAUGGCAUAAUUUACCAUGCUAUACAGAAGUAGGACAUUUCAAUGUAUCUAUUUUACUGCUAAUAAAGCCAGUAUAAUCAUU